AGAGUGGUGAUAGUAGUAACAGAAAUGAAAAUGUAUGAUAUGCUGGUGGAGCCUUGCGGGGUGGUUCUUAACUGGCACACCUGCUGUACUCCGCUACUGCUGCACCGUCCCCUUCCCCAAAACACCCAUUAUUAGUGAACAUGAUUCUUGUCCAUAAGUCACACCCUCCUUCCUCCGACUCAAGUCUCCUCGCGCCGCUCCAAGGACAGAAAACAGCAACAAUAGCCUGAAACAGCAGGCAGCGAUGAGCAGGGAGGGGGCAGUGACGUCACCGGCGCGAGGCAGGGUCUGGAGCGCCUGUGCUGUUCCCUGCUUACUAGCCGGGAGAGAUGGCGGACCGAUUCCUCUGAUUAAGCAAAAAGGAAAAUUCAACACACCCUGAAAAAAGAUGAUUCUGUAUGCGAUGACCAUCCGAUGAAAACGCAAGAUACAGCAAGCAAUAACCUUGAUCUGCAUUUCUAUUAUCUGUGGGUCUUUUUGUAAAUAUUACCAUUGCGGUCCGAGUAGUUGCCGGGCAGGUGCCAUCCAACACCCUGCCCUCCAUCCAUCUCUCCAUCCUUCCAUUGCUCCAUCCACCCAUCGAAGCGAUGGCCGCCGAAGGAGUGCAGGAUCCUGCGGACCAUUACAAAGAGGAGAUUGAGCGACUGACCAAAGAGCUCGCAGAAGCCAGCGUUGAGAAGAUCCAGGCGGCCGAAUAUGGGCUGGUGGUGCUGGAGGAAAAGCAGACGCUUAAGCAGCAGUACGAUGAGUUGGAAACAGAAUUCGAGAGCCUCAAGCAGGAGCUGGAACAGCUAAAAGAGGCAUUUGGGCAGUCAUUCUCAGUUAACCGCAAAGUUGCAGAAGAUGGUGAGACUCGUGAAGAAACGCUGCUGCAGGAAUCAGCAUCGAAGGAAGAGUACUACCUCGGGCGGAUACUGGAGAUGCAGGCAGAAGUAAAACAAAGUAGGGCAGUGGUAACAAACCUGCAGGCAGAAAAUGAAAGGCUCAACACUAUCAUCCAGGAACUUAAAGAGAAUAACGAGAUGCUGGAGCUGCAGAGAACGCGGAUGAAAGAUGAGAUUCGAGAGUACAAGUUCCGAGAAGCCAGGCUCCUGCAGGACUACACUGAGCUGGAAGAAGAAAACAUUUCUUUGCAAAAAUUGGUUUCUACAUUAAAGCAGAAUCAGGCUGAUGUACUGCCAAUUGCACAGACAAUAUACUGGCUAAUGAUGGUUGAAUAUGAAGGACUUAAACAUGAAAUUAAACGCAUGGAAGAGGAAACUGUGCUUCUUAACAGUCAGCUGGAAGAAGCUACCUUGUUGAAGGAAAUUGCCGAGCGUCAGUUGGAAGAGGCACUGGAAACACUAAAGAAUGAACGCGAACAAAAGAAUAACCUUCGAAAAGAACUCUCUCAUUACAUUAACAUGAGUGACAGUAUGUACAGUAGUCAUAUUAACAUCUCAGUAGAUGGGCUAAAAUUCACUGAAGAUGGGAAUGAACCAAAUAAUGAUGACAAAGUCAAUGGGCAUGUCCAUGGGCCUCUAGUAAAACUAAAUGGCGAUUAUCGGACACCUGCACCAAGGAAAGGAGAGUCCCUGCACCCAGUUGCUGACCUCUUCAGUGAGUUAAACAUUUCAGAGGUACAGAAACUAAAGCAGCAGCUUGUACAGGUGGAAAGAGAAAAAAACAUUUUGCUAGCAAGCCUUCAGGAGUCAGAGACGCAGCUUGAGCACACAAAAGGAGCCUUGACUGAACAACAUGAAAGGGUGCAUAGGCUGACAGAGCAUGUUAAUGCCAUGAAACGUUUGCACUCGAAUAAGGAGCUGACAACUGAUUUGGACUUUGAGAAAGGUCGAAACUCAGGGGAAGAAACACAUGAUUAUGAAGUAGAUAUAAAUGGUUUAGAGAUACUUGAGUGCAAGUACAAAGUGGCAGUGACAGAAGUUAUAGAUCUCAAAGCUGAACUAAAAGCCUUAAAGGAAAAAUACAAUCAAUGCUUGGAAAACUAUACAGAUGAAAAGUCAAAAAAUGAAAACAGAACACAGGUGCUGCAUGAACAGAUAUGUCAUUUAGAAAAAGUGAAUAAAGACCACCUUGAGAAGAUCACACAUUUAGAAAAACAGCUAGAGGUAACAACAAAUAUAGCAAAUGAGAACCAUAAUACUCUCAACACAGCCCAGGAUGAACUGGUUACUUUCAGUGAAGAACUUGCCCAGCUCUAUCACCAUGUUUGUCUUUGUAAUAAUGAAACUCCUAAUAGGGUGAUGCUAGACUAUUAUAGACAAAGUAGGGUUACUCGGAGUGGAAGUCUAAAGGGUCCAGAUGACCCUAGGGGUCUUCUUUCACCACGACUAGCUCGGAGAGGUAUGGUUUGCCAAGCAGAAGCAAGGAGUUCACUAGAACCAACAUCCAAAGAGGGUACUGAUGCCAGCAAAGAAUUAAAUGCAGCAAAAUCACCUUCUCUUUCACCUGUAAUUACAGCUCCACCCUCUUCACCAGUUUCUGAGACAAGUGACAUACGUAAAGAACCUAUGAAUAUUUAUAACUUAAAUGCAAUCAUACGGGACCAAAUCAAACAUCUGCAGAAAGCAGUGGACCGGUCAGUGCAGCUUUCUCGCCAAAGAGCAGCUGCACGGGAAUUGGCACCAUUGGUAGACAAAGAUAAGGAGGACUUAAUGGAGGAAAUUCUGAAGCUAAAGUCACUCCUAAGCACUAAACGGGAACAAAUAGCAACACUGCGGGCAGUUCUCAAAGCAAAUAAACAGACAGCAGAGGUUGCCCUGGCAAAUCUGAAGAAUAAGUAUGAGAAUGAAAAGACGAUGGUCACUGAAACGAUGACGAAGCUUCGAAACGAACUGAAAGCUCUGAAGGAGGAUGCAGCUACCUUUUCUUCACUGAGAGCAAUGUUUGCAACCAGAUGUGAUGAGUAUGUUACACAGCUAGAUGAGAUGCAGAGACAACUGGCAGCUGCAGAGGAUGAAAAGAAAACUCUAAACUCUCUCCUACGGAUGGCAAUACAACAGAAACUGGCUCUCACUCAGCGCCUGGAAGACUUAGAGUUCGACCAUGAGCAGUCAAAGCGUAGCAAAGGAAAGCUUGGCAAAAGCAAAGUCGGCAGCCCUAAAGUAAGUGAGGAUGCGUCAGCCAGUGUACAGUCACCAGUUGUCAUAGACACUGUCACUCUGCAUAGUCAGGAACCACAACAAUAAAAAACUUUCCAACAGUGGCGCUCAGAGGAAAAGUCCCUGUGUAGCCCUUCUGGAAGAACAGCCACAUUACAGCUCUAAGUGUGUCCCCCUCAGCUGUCUCUCUAAGGCUCCUCCUUGUCCUUAGGCACUGCACACAAUGUGGAGGAAACCUGAUGGAAGUCUCCUGAGAAAGUAGAUGCAGCAAGGAGCCAGCCAGCCUUCCUGCUUGGUCAUAUGUCUACAAAGCCUGGAUUCUUCCAAGCAGCUACGGCAUGUGAGGGAAGGUUGAGAAGAAAGACACACAAGUUGCAAAAGCAGACUCGUACAGAAGACUCUUUUAAAGCCACUCUUACAUUAAUCAGACUGUGGAAUCAUAUAUCCUCUAUGAAUAAUUUGCUUGGCAUUGGCCGCCACAGUUAACAAAACAAGGCUUACCAUUGUUUGAUGGUGUAUACUUUGCAAUCAUAUUCUUCCUUGAUAAAGGACAUGAACUGAGUAUGAGUUUUCUUUUAUCAUUAUAGCAUGUACUACUUUCUUUCAUUUUGUUAAAGACUUACAUUUGAUUAUAAAACAUGGCUUGUUAUGUAAGGAUUUCAUAUACUAUGUUGUUUAAUCAAAAUGACUGUAUGUGGAUUGUGGGUAAUUUUAAAAUGCAAUUAAAAUGGGUGGCCUUUUAAGAUAAAUUUGGUUUCUAAUGCACAAGAUAAAAAACAAAACAAACAAGGUGGAAGAGAAAAAACAGGGUGACACUGAAUGCUAGUACUCACCCUUCAGUUUGUUGCUGCAACUUUCUGUCAUGCUUAUGCAUCCUAAACCCUAUAUUUUAUUUUUAAAUGCUGCCCUAUUCACAGUUUAUUUAACUACACGAGCUUUAUAUUUAUUUACUAAUUUCUGAAGUUCUAAAGCAAGUAUGUUUGUUUUUGUGUACACAUCUUUAUAUCACUGUACACAUUUCACAGUAUUUGUACAUUUUAGAUUUCUACACUGGUUUGGUGCUGUAACAUUGUUUCUGGGUUACAGAAAAGGAAACAUGUUCAUUACAGUUGUAUUUUAGCUGUUAUUUCACUGGCAGAAUGGGUUUACUUUUAGUAGAAUUAUGAAUUUUACUUGUGAAGCAGUAAUCUUAGAAAAAUGGACUGGAGCAAAAAAGUAUGCAAUUUAGAUUUUAAACGAAUGCUAGUUAACAACGGUUGUGGUGAUUUUUGGGAAGUGGACUGUGGUUAUGUGCACAGUGCACUGUGUUCUGAGUAAUCAGAUAUACUGCACUGUAAAAAUGUUAGUUUGUCAUGGUCAUUUAUUUUCCAAGUCUGUGGCACAGCUCACACCGUUAUAAAGAAAAAGGGCAUGCACCCUAAAGAGAACAGUCAGACCAUCUCUGUGCCAAUAAACAAUGCAUUCAGACCUUGCUUCCAUGUCUGGAAAUGGACAGCAAUUUUUUUUUUAAUUCCAGAACAAAUUGGGCACUGUUCAUCUAUAAAGAAACGUAUCCUCCAUCUCCCUAAAGCUUAGUGCAAAGGGAUCACUAAAACUGCAAAUUGUCUGAGCUUAAGCACAAAUAAUAAUCUUGUUGCAAAAACAUGUACACUAGCUGGUUGAUUAAACUGUAGUAUAUCUCAGAUAAACAAUCUUCAAUCUGCUGAGGUUUGUAAGCUUAUGGUUACUUGGUGAAAUCACCACUUAUUCAUGUUGCCAGUCGUUAUUUGCCAUUUUACUAAUUUGAAUUUAUGCAUAUUGGUCAAUACUAGAAAUGAAUCUCACAACUGCCACACCUUAGCUACUAGGCUUCAUUAUUCAUUUUAUGUACAUAUAGCUGACUGAAAUCCGUUUAGAAAAUUCCACUGUAGCAUGUAAAAUUAAGUUGAUCAUUCCCAGUCUGGCGGGUUGUCAACAAUGUUUUGUUGAAUAUUUUUCCUCCAAAACUUCUGCAUUGAGGACAAUUACUUACACUGUAGGCCAAACUACAGUUGGCAUAAAAACAGUAGAAAAUAGAUUUCCACUGAUGGAAAUAGACGCUUAAUACCUUAAUGGAUAAGACGAUAGAGCUAUCAAACAGGAAAAAUAUCCAAAUUGAAAAGAUAUGAACAGUCCUCCUAGCUGCUGCUAAGAAGUAAUUCCUAAAAUGAUUGCAUAAAACUUCACCGACAUUAAGUGUAAAUAAACUGCCCAUGAUAAACAAUUAAUGGUCAAUCACUAUAUUUUUAAAUAAGAGCAAAUGCAACCUUCAUAUUAGUAUUUUCUUUCUAGAUGUAGUACAACUUGGUUUCCACCUAGUUUUGCUAAGCUAAGAUGAAACUUCAUUUGUUUUUACUCAAUAUUAUUAUCUUGACAGACAAAGUACAUCAAAUAAAAAUAUUUACUGUUUUAAGUGAAAAACAUACUUCCAGUUAGACCUGCACAGUGAUAUGUAGUCUUUUGCUGUACAGUGGUAAUUUGGACAAAGCAGUGGUGCAGCAGUUGCAUUGUUGCCUUACAGCAACAGGUUCUCUGGCUCAAUUCUUGGCUGGGGUGCCUUCUGUGUGGAGUCUGCA